AAUUUUAAAGGGUGUUUCCUGACAGUUCUGGCGGCCAGUCUUAAUUUGUUUAGCUAUAAGCAUUUGCCGAAAAAGCCGAUGUUGGUAGCAGCAAAAACUGAGGGGAGCUGUGUAAAAAACACAUCUUCGCACGGGCAGCCCGUGCGUUGGCCAAUAUCCCAUUUUAGUGAUGUGGAAUCAUUCGAUCUGUGUUCACCAAAUCCGCCGUUUUUGAGUAUACCGGAAUCGGUUUCGGUUGAAUUUGUUCGGCACCUGUCGCAUUUAAGACGUGUCGAGAACUUGCUUGAGGAUUAUGCCAAUGACAGUUUACCACCUGUUGGCGUGGAUGCAGAGUGGUCGUCGUACGUCUCCAACAGCAAGUCAGUUUUCUUCUUUUUGCUGCUGUUCGGGUUUAUCUAUUCGUGUUUGCUCAGCUUUGCUUUCCUAGACAUCUGGGAGGCCACUGCAUGGUAUAUAUUUCCAGGAUAUCAAUUUGGUGAGGAUCUUGUGUCAUUAAGAAAUGCCGUUGGAAAUUGUUCAGCUCUCUUCCAGCCAAAAAAUGUGAUCUGUGUUGAUUUCAUGGGGAUGAAUCUAUCUACAUUUUAUGAUUAUAUAUGCGAAUUGCUGUUGCAGCUAAUGAAAGAGAGCCUGAAGCGGACUGACGUAAAUUUGGACGGUGUAUUUUACUCAGGAAGAGAAGCGCAGAAUGCGGAAGUGGAUCACGAUGCCGCCGCACCAAUGGCAGAGAGUUUGGGUGAAGGUUGUGUCGAAAAGCCUACCGAGCAGGUCCAUCAGUCGAAUCCACUGCUAGAAAAUAUCAAAGGACUAUCCGCACUGUGUGAACGAGUUUUAGGCAAACAAUUGGAUAAAUCAGAACAGUGCUCUGUUUGGGACCGUCGACCACUUCGUUCUUUGCAGUUACGAUAUGCAGCGCUGGAUGCGUAUUGCAUGCUGAUGUUGUACGAUAAAUGCGCUAUUUGGUCAUCUCGUCUUGGUCUCAAAAUCAGUGAACUCUGCGCAAAUCAGCACUCCCCCACUGGAAGGAUACCUCUACUUGCUGAUAAUGGCAUACCUAGGUGA